CAAAAACUAAAAAAUGUAACGUCGCCUGAGAGAUUCGAACUCUCGCGGGGAAACCCCAUGUACUUAGCAGGCACACGCCUUAACCACUCGGCCAAAGCGACGCUAUAUGCACUUUUCUGCAGUAUAUUCAUAUGACUUAAAAUUAUAAUAUUUUGAUGUAGGUUUAUAAGCAAAAAGUGAGAUCGUCAUUUUCCUUACCCCUCAAGAAUUCAUUCAUUCAUUUUACAGUUUUCAUUAACAAAUGCCAGUUUCCAAAAAAAGCAACUAAAAUCACAACACCAAAAUGGCUACAAUUCAGGCGGUUUUAGGCAACUUAACGGCCGGAGAACGGCAAGUUCUGACGACAGUUAACGGCGGAGCAUCCACACUAUCACUAUUAGGUUCCGGAUUCAUUGUGCUCUGCUACCUCUGCUUUAAAGAGCUCCGCAAGUUCUCAUUCAAGCUCGUCUUCUUUCUCGCUCUAUCAGAUAUGCUUUGUAGCUUUUUCAGCAUUGUCGGUGAUCCAUCUAAAGGAUUCUUCUGUUAUGCUCAGGGCUAUAGCACUCAUUUCUUCUGUGUGGCAUCUUUCUUAUGGACUACUACCAUUGCGUUUACUCUUCACCGUACAGUUGUCAAACACAAAACUGAUGUCGAGGAUUUUGAGCCCAUGUUUCACUUGUAUGUUUGGGGAACAUCGGUUGUUAUGACGGUUUUAAGAUCUAUUGGUAAUGAACAUGGACAUGUAGGCCACAUAGGUCGCGUAGCUGCAUGGUGCUGGACAGAAACUGGACGAACAGGAAAGGCUGUCCACUUCUUUACCUUUUAUGCACCUCUGUGGGGUGCAAUUCUUUUCAAUGGAAUCACCUACUUUCAAGUUAUACGUAUGCUAAACAAUGUAACUCGUAUGGCAGUGGGCAUGUCAGAUCGUGGGUCCCAGUCAGAUACACGAGCAGACAUGAAGGCUUUGAACCGGUGGGGUUACUAUCCGCUCAUUCUUAUAGGAUCAUGGAGUUUCGGGACAGUCAACCGCAUUCAUGACUUCAUUGAACCAGGCCAUAAGAUCUUCUGGAUUUCGGUUCUUGAUGUUGGAAUGGCGGCGCUAAUGGGUCUGUUCAACUCAAUAGCAUACGGCCUCAACUCUUCGGUACGACGGGCACUCUUUGAAAGACUAGAUCUGUUACCUGAAAGCAUCAGAAGAUGGUUCCCAAAGAAGUUAAAAUCAAGAAGUCAACAAGCCCAACACGAAAGUGAACUCGUCUCUUUGAGGAUCGAAGACCAACAUCAAUGACAUAUCAAACCCCCUCUCAAAGAGAAUGAUCAGGUCAUCGAAUUUUUUCUUUUCGUGACAAAAGAGCUUCCAUUUUUAUAAUGAUUCUUGUAGACAUUAAUGUACGUAUGUGUGUUUUUUGAGCUUUAGAACGUAGAUUUCUGUGUAUACUGAUCGUUUAGAAUAGCAGUGUGGCAUUUACUAAAACAACAAUUUUUUGAAUUCAUUCUGAGAUUUUAAAUUUGUAUGAA